AUGGCUGCCAGACCUGACUCGGAGGACAUCGCCAUGGACGAUGCGCCCACCUCUCACCAGCCUGAGGUUAAGGAUGAUACUAUGGUCGAUGAUGCGGGCGAGGACGUAGAGGAGGAGGAGGAUUAUGAGGAGGAGGAGGAGGAGGAGGAGGUUCAGAGGGUGAAACUGCUUCCUGGGUCAACGGAAACUGCUGCCUCGUUCGAGUUUUCCAAUGAGGGUCACACACUCGGCAAUGCUCUCAGAUAUGUCAUCAUGAGAAAUCCCGAGGUUGAAUUCUGUGCUUAUGCCAUCCCUCAUCCAUCAGAAGCUAAGAUGAACGUCAGAAUCCAAACUUUCGAAGGAACGACCGCAAUCGAAGCUCUUGAGAAGGGCCUCCGGGACAUUCAGGAGCUCUGCGACGUCGUCACUGACAAGUUUGUGGCGGCGGCAGACGACUUUGAGAAGAAGAAGGCCGCUACUGCUUAGCUUCAUUCUGCUUGAUUUUCUGUACCAAGGAUAAACUAGGCUACUGGCGUUUUAGGCGUGCUCUGGGCUGGGACAUGCAUAGGUAGAGGGGACACUUUAUCAUGGGCGGAUGUGCAAAAACAGCUGUUUGUUUUUUAAGGAAUCGCGGCAUUGCUCUUUAUAUACAUCAAAAACAGAGGGUGUGAUAGGCACCCAUUCUAGUUGCGGCC